AUAUCCACGGAAAUUCAAUAAUAAAUGGCACAGCAGAAGUCUCAGGCAAGUGACAAGAGGUUAGGUCCCCACUAUGACAUUUAUCAGUGGUGUACUAAAAUCUAGUGGACAAAAGAAGUGAUGCAUGACCCACCUAUUCCACUUCCUAAUAUAGAACCAUUUAUGUCUAGACAACUUCCAGUGUACGGAGAUCUUAAACUUUCAAUGUAUUUGAGUAAAGUGAAUCACUUUGAUUAGCAAAGAUCAAAACUCAAUAUAGAAGAUGGGGAGCCUUGGUUGUACUGUCAAUGGAACGGUAAAUGAUUCAAGAUUCAGUGAGCCGAUGCCGUGGAUUGGCCUGUACGUGGUAGCGGCAUCUGCAGCUUGUGCAAUAGCGAUGGCUUUUGAUGCCUUUCACGGCUUCCGUUACAGGAAGUUCUGGUUCCCUUGCAAAUAUUUUGCUCUCAAUGCCACGACGCUUACUCUUAUAGGUGUGGCUGUCAAACUCUCGGUUGAUCUCAAUACCUCCAUGCCCCGCCCGCAAGAUCAAUUGGCAAAACUCAGCAGUACCACUUUCAUCUGCACAGCAAUAGGUAAUUCCAUGCCUUCUCUAGGAACCAUGGAAACUAAAGAGCUUAUGAUGAAUGUGGUAGCUCUAGGGAUACUUGUUGUUACUGUUAUUGUGAACGUCUGCAUCCAGUUAGGUACUGGGGUGAUCUACGUCUUUUGGAUAGAACAUGCUCUGAUAAUGUUUCUGAUGGUGGUUUUGUUUGCAAUCUUGAUUUCUUCAUCUUUGGCAAUUCCUGUGACAAAGAGCUAUCUUGAUCUUAAGUACAAUAAAAAGUUUGUAGCAGCAGAGAAAGAAUGCCGUAACAAUUGCAAUACCUCCAUAACACGAAAACUCAGAGAUGAUCUGAUGAGAUACUGGAUGAUGGCGCAUACCUGUAACCCUCAAUUCGUGACGGGUCGUUUAGCAACUUGCAUCGCCUCAGGAGCAUUCUGCCUCUUGAGCGCCAUGGUUUUGGCAGAAGCAAUUCUUCGGAGUUAUCUGAUGCCAUGGUGCUUCACAUUUUGUAAUGGUGAGUCAGAUUACAAGUGGUCAACUACAUUGAUACUAGUAACUCAGAGUAUAGCAGUAGGAGGAGGUACAAUUGGCCCAGCUCUUAGAUGGUUCAUAGCCAUUAAGUUCAUGUGCCCAAAGAGAACAAAGAAGUCCUACAAAAUUGGGUUCUCAUCAGUAGAAAAAUACUGGGUCCAGAUACUUUCUCAGUUGAAGGACUGCCCAUUAGAUCUCAGAAUCUCUGGUCGGCAUGUUAGAAAACUUGUGCAUAAUGCAAAGAACAAGGCCUUGGAUUUAUGUAUUUUGAUCCAGAAAGCAAUGGUAGUUUUGAGCAAGUCAGUCAGGCUAAUAUCGAUAUUCUUUGUGAGCAGGUUAAUAAUAAUCUACAGGUGCUGCAAGAAACUUGUUGACUUGGUUAUGUGCAGGAAUUCAAUUCGGAACUGUAAUACAGAAUCAGAGUCGAACACCAACGGCAAGCUGGAUCUCAGAAAUUACAUAUUGCAUCUUGAAGGAGAGGAAGAAUUGAUUGAUCUCAUGAUGGAAGGUGACAGGGAGGCCACUGGUCAUUGGAACAGAAUGGGGAGAAAGGAGCAACCCAGAUAUCUCAUACAACUUUUAGAGAAACUGAAUCCUUCAAGGGGAUUCGAGGGGGUACAGAAAUUUGACAGCAAACAGGUUCUUUCUCUGGAUUUUGAAGAACCUCCAAACAGCUGGGCUCUUCCUGUGGUGACAUUAACAAGCAUUGCAGUUGCAAUUAGUAGCACUGAUUUUCGUCCAGUGAAAGAGCUAAUAAAGUGUGUAAAUGAAGGCCUUAAGUACAUCAGAGUCAUAGAAAACAACCUCGACAUUAAAAGAGACCUGACAAAUAUCAGGAAAGCAGCACAAAUUGUGUGGGCAGGAGUUGAUCUCCAUUACAGGUGGCUCGAUGUGGAACUUCUUGAGAUCGCAGUCCAAGGAAGAAGCCUAAAAGAUAUAAUUUCUGAACUCUCAGACAUAGCCAAGAACAAGUUUAUGGAGCUACGGAAGAAUGACGUAACUUUUUGUCUGAGUUACACUCCUUCAAAAUGGCCCAUCAAAGUUUUGGCUGCUAAUUCCAUGUAUAGAAUAUGCCAAACCCUUCUGCUCACAACUGACAAUAGAUCGAUCGACUGCAGUAAAGUUAUGUUUGAAAGACUCACUGCUAUGAUCGCUGACGUAAUUGGGGCUUGUCUUACCAACUUACAGCUUGCCAUUACACUGAAAUGCCAUCAGAGCACCAUCGAAGAGAGAGAGGAAUGCGUGCGCCAUGCUAUUCAUCUACUUGGUGAAACAGAAAAGAUCUUAGAAAUUCUUAGCUGCCAACAACUUAUGAGUUCAGAUCCACAAAAAUUGGCAUGCAUUAAUGAAUGGAGGGCUGUUACAAGAGAGAAAGAUCAGCAGCAUUGCAAGUCUUCUCCUACAAGCAGCGACUCGGAUUUUAGUAUUUCAUCUGACUUGUAUCUGAACAUUAACUAAUUAAAUCUAGGAGUGUUGAAGCAAGUACAUAGGCUUUACAUGUAGCACGUUGAUGAAUUUUCAGAUCAAUAUAUAAAGUUGAUAGAGCAUAUUAAACACAAAUAUACAGGGCAUACUCAAACAAGAGAUAUGUAAUAUAAAAUGAGCUUCAGACCCAAAAGCUCCCAAUAUUCAAAUUCAUGUAAAACUAAAGACAUUAUUGCAAGUAAAUAAACUUUCUUUCCAUAUUUGCUAAAUGCCUGCAGAAAUACAAUGAAACGAAGAGAGCACUAUAGUUCUAUAUGUUAGCAAAAUAGCAUUUAAAAACACCUGGCUGAAACAACAGAAGGAUGAACCAAAUUGCAUUGAAAAGCUUGAGCACCAAAUUCUGUACUGACCAGGCCUGCAGUAUGGAACAUUAAAAGGAAGCAUGGAUAUGAAGCCUUCAGAUAUAAACAUUGCAGAUCUCCAUUGCAAGAGAGAAGAACUUUUCCAAUCUCAUUCCUAAAUCUGAUUUGUUUCCAGUAAUUUGAUGAUCGUGUCCAUUCUGUUGCAAUGUAAUUAUCUAAAUCUGACUGUUAGUUAACAAUUCAGUGGCAAGUUCUACUCUCCUUGUUUUCAAUUGUAACCUCCUAUUUAGGGAAACCAAGGCUAACAACUCAAGCGAUAAAGUAUAUGUAGCCCCUAGAAAAUAUCUGGAACACAUGAAUAGCAGCCGUUUCCAGCUGUUGUUCCCCUCCCAAGGGCAGGUUCUUACGCGUUACUCACCAGUCCGCCACUGGAAACACCACUUCCCGUCCGACUUGCAUGUGUUAAGCAUGCC